GUUGACCAAGCAUGGUGUUAGCAUGCAUUGCUCUGUUUGUGGGGGCGCUGAUCAUAACAAGAAAGGGCAUUACAAACACGUGAAUCAACCACCUACCGAGGAAGCACCUGGGGAAUCAGAAGAAGAAUACGAUGAUCCAAGCAUAAUUGCUGAAAAAUUUACAUACCCUGCACCUAUGGACUUUGGUCCCCUGCCUGAGUCUAGCUUUAUUGCUAAUGCUAGGGACACAAUCCCUAUAGGCAGGGUGACAACAGCCAUGUCCAGGGGCAGGGUGAGAGGAGGAACAAGUGGAAGCAAUGCAACAAGAGGAGGAAGAAGUGCAAGAAAUGCAACAAGGGGUGGUAGAAGUGGUACCAAUGCAAGAAGGGGAGGAAGAAGUGCAAGCAAUGCAACAAGGGGAGGCAGAAUAGUAAGCAAUGCAACAAGGGGAGGAACUGCUCCAAGUGCAACUAGAGGUGGCAAUUACCCAAGUGGAAGUAAUCCUCCCAGAGGAGCAAGGGCUGCUGCUCCAGGAUUCUACAACUUGCUUUUUGGAAAUGAUGGACAAAGCAGCCAGCAACCACCACUUUUUAUGCAGGGAGAAGAAGAGGUACUUGUGAGCCAAAAUGCACCCCAAGAUGGCCUGUUUGGAGAUGGCUGGCCUCAGGACAUGCAUGAUUUCCUAUCUCUGUAGUUGGAUGACCAAGUGAUGAAGUUCAUGAAUGAACUUUUGUGUAGAAUAGUUCAUGAAUGAACUGCUCCUUUUGUUGGGGUAA